AUGAGCUCAGAACCGAAGAUUUUCCACUCAUUGAACUGUUCUCUCUGCAAAGCUCCGUAUCCGAGAUCCCCCAUCUUCUUACGCGAGCUUUUAAACGAUCCAUCAAUUAUCGAAUCUCCGAAUGGAAAUGGAUGGCUUCUUUCGGAGCCGAUCACGAAUCCACUCAAAUGUUCGACAUGUGAUGUGAAAUUUCAUUUUUGGCCUGGUUCUGGAUGGUUUUGGAUGAAAUGUUCAAUUUGUAACGAUUCUGUUCCUGGUCGAAAAUCAAUCGAAACGAGAGAUAAUUGGCUACGAGAAUUUCUUCGUGAACUCCCCGAAUUGAUCGAGCAAAUCCCGAAAGUAAAGGAAAUACGAAUCAAGUCAACUCUUGAUUCAUAUCGGGAGAAAUUCGCAAAAAUGAACCAAGAAUUGGAGGAGAAAUUUCGAGCAUUUGAAGAGUCAUUGAACAAAGCGAAUGGAACAAUC